GCUUGACGGACACGGAGAGAUAACCGAAGCGCUCAGCCGGCUCGCGCUCUGCGCAACGCACCGGGAGAUUGACGCGCUCCAGACCAAGACGUGCUUAUAAAUAUAUUCCAUCAUUUUUUUUUAUAUAUAUAUAAAAAAGGGUGAAAAUAGAAACAAACAACAACUAUGAUGUCGUUGGAUCUCAACCUGCACGUGUUAACGAAGGAGCUGUCGGUGUAUCUAGAAAACCAGGUUCGGGUCGGUGGGUUCCUCGGCUCCGGGGUCGGGCUGGCGCUCGCGCUCGGCUUUGGUGCCGCCUACGCCUGCUACUACUGGACGUCUGUAGCCAAGAAACCAAAGCUUGUAUCUGGAGGAAAGAAGUUUUAUGACUUUCUGAAUGAGAAUUGCCCCGUGGUGACUGAGACGUAUUACCCCACUUUCUGGUGCUGGGAGAGUCGGGUGCAAACUCUCCUCCGGCCGUUUGUCACCGCCAAGCCUGGGGUCUCCUACAGGAACGCUCCAGUUUUAGGUAUAGAGAAGGAACACAAAAAAAGCAUGAUGCUGCCACCACCAUGCUUCACUGUGGGGAUGGUGGACAUUGGUGAACUCAUCAGAGCGCCAGAUGGAGGUCAGAUAUCUCUGGACUGGUUUGAUAAUGAAGACAGCCCCUCUCACCCAGACUCGUCCACUCGCCCCACAGUCCUGCUCCUGCCCGGUCUGACUGGAACCAGCCGCGAGUCCUACAUUCUGCACAUGGUGCAGCAGAGCCGAGAGCUGGGAUACAGAUGCGUUGUGUUCAACAACCGAGGCGUCUCUGGUGAGAAGCUGCUGACUCCUCGGACGUACUGUGCAGCGAACACAGAGGAUCUGGAGAUGGUGAUUAAUCAUGUCAAUAACACUCAUCCAAUCGCCCCCAUCAUGGCUGCUGGAGUCUCUAUGGGAGGGGUGAAAUCCUUUUCUACAGACUCAGCAUCUGAACACACAGGACUGAAGAGCUGGCCCAGCAUUCUACCUCCAAAGCACACACACACAUACACACAUACACACACACACACAGUCCGGAUGAUGCUGGCGAACUAUCUGGGUCGUAAAGGUAGCGCUACGUGUCUGAAGGGUGUGGUGGUCUUCUCAGCUGGAUGGGACGUAUUCGAGUGCACUGUUUCCCUGGAGAAACCUCUCGAUCGCUUCCUCUUCAACUCUUACCUCACCAGCUGCCUGCAAGCCUCCGUACACCGACACAGGCCUGUUCUCGAAAGGAAUUAUGACAUAGAUCAUGUGAUGAAGGCUAAAACCAUCCGAGAGUUUGACGAACGUUUCACGUCUAAAAUGUUCGGCUACCCAACUAACGACGAUUAUUACCGAGACGCCAGCCCCAUCCACAAGCUGAAGUCAGUGCAGGUUCCCAUGUUGUGUCUCAACGCAGCUGAUGAUGUUUUCUCGCCUAAUCACGCCAUCCCCAUCGAGGUAGUGAAGCAGAACCCAAAUCUGGCUCUCCUCAUCACAUGCCAUGGCGGCCAUAUUGGAUUUUUGGAGGGCUUCUGGCCACGUCACAGCACCUACAUGGACCGAGUUUUUCGGCAGUUCAUCAAGGCUGUGGUUGAAAACGGCAGUGCUCUAACCGACCUAGCAAGCUAACACAGUGAUGAACCGCUCACCUACACCACCCCCUACACCCAGGAGCAAAAAAAAACAACAACAACAACAACAGCUACAUUUUCUGAUCGAGACGUUCGGUUGUUUAUCUGACCAUAACAUCGCUUGUGGAUUCAGAUCGUUCAGCCUGUUCAUCCCUUUCUUUCAGUCUUUACUUAUCUCUCAGUUUAGAUCUGUAGAUACGUGUAUGUGUGUGUGUGUGAGAGAGAGAGAGAGAGAGAGAGAGAGAGAGAGGGAGAGAGGGAGAGAGAGAGAGAGGGAGAGAGAGAGA